CUUCCAUUGAUAAAAUGUACCAUUCACUAUAUCAUUCUUCCAUUAAUAAAAUGUACCAUUCACUAUAUCCUUCUUCCAUUAAUAAAAUGUACCAUCACUAUCCCUCUUCCAUUGAUAAAAUGUACCAUUCACUAUAUCCUUCUUCCAUUAAUAAAAUGUACCAUUCACUAUAUCCUUCUUCCAUUUAUAAAAUGUACCAUUCACUAUAUCCUUCUUACAUUAAUAAAAUGUACCAUCCUACCAUUAACAAUCACUCUCCCAUUAAUAAAAUGUACCAUUCACUAUCUCUCUUCCAUUAAUAAAAUGUACCAUUCACUAUCCCUCUUCCAUUAUUAA